AUGACCUUUUAUCCCUGUGUCCUCGUCAAUGUUGUGUCGUGGAUCUUUCCUGAAUUCAAGUUUCAAUGGCUAGUAGAUGAGACAAAAAGAAACCUACCAUUAGAGCUUGAUUUCGUCUGUGAAGGAAAUAACGCUGAGAGGGUGGCAAGGAUGCUUAAGCAAUUUUCUUUCCUGAAGGUGCCAAAAAUAGUGUGGGAUUUGACAACGGAGCGAGUGCUGACAAUGGAGUUUUGUGAUGGUGGCCAAGUUAAUGACAAGGAUUACAUCAAGAAACAUGACAUUUGCAUCACUGAGGUCACUAAAAAUCUCAGCAAGAUGUACAGCGAGAUGAUAUUUGUGCAGGGUUACGUGCACAGUGACCCCCAUCCUGGCAACGUACUGGUAAAGAAGACUCCACAGGGAACCCAGAUAGUUCUGCUGGACCAUGGUCUUUAUGCUACACUGACCAGUUACUUCAGGGUUAAUUAUUCGAAGCUGUGGCUGUCCUUGAUUGCUUCGGAUGUCGAGAAAAUCCAGAAAUAUGCUACACGCUUAGGAGUUGGUGAUCUCUACCAAUUGCUGUCAUGCAUGAUCACAGCUAGGAGUUGGAAAUCGAUCUCAAGUGGCAUAAGCAAACAAGUAACAGCCGAAGAGAAUGCAGAGAUACAGCAGAUGGCAGCACUGUACCUACCGCAGAUAACGGACGUGUUAAGCCGUGUUAGCAGGGAGAUGCUGCUCAUCCUAAAGGCCAACGACCUUCUGCGUGGCAUCGAGUACAGCCACGGCAUCCAGGCGAGCACCGGCUACUUCCUGACGAUGGCGCGGCACUGCGUGCGUGCCGUGUACGAGUGGCGCCACCACCAGUGCGGCUCGCGUUGGUGCCGGGUUCGUGUUGCCUGUGCGAAGCACUGGACCCUGCUACGUAUAGACAUCUACGAGCUGCUGCUGCGCUGGAGCGACUCCGCUCUCAUUGUUUGGCUCACCAGCAGAUUUGCAGUCGCGUAGACAAACUUUUACUGCAAAGCAUCAGUGGGUGCGAGAGAGACAUUACUAUAAUUUCAUUGCAGUCAGACACACAAAAUUACUUGCAUCGUGACUGCACCAUUUUGCAUCAUUUUAAUGGUGAGUGUGCAAUAAUUUUCUGUGAUUUAAAAUAUGUGACACAUGCUAAGUUAAUAUUUGCCUGUGGUAUUUUUGAUGAGAACAUAAUUGUAUUUGUUGUGCUUGUUCAGUAGUUGAGGAAGCACCGAUAUCGUAUAAAGUUGUAAUAAUACUUCCAGUCUGUUCAUGUGUCAUUUAACAUUUUAUAGAAUACAUAAAUGUCAUCCGACAUUAUGGCACGUUUAGAAUAUAAUGGUGAAAGCGAA